AUGGAGUUGAAGAGUUACCAUUUUACUCAUGGAUACUUUAUUUCUUUUCAACAGGCGUUCCCAAAUGAAGUUUUCGAUCUGGAUAGAUCUGUACGGACUCUUGAUUUAACCCACAAUAAAAUAGUUGACAUACCUAUGGAUAUAAGCAAAUUAAUUAACAUGCAGCGCCUGAUCUUAGCUGAGAAUCUUGUCCAGCAACUACCUACAAACUUGGGGAAACUUCAGUCUCUAAAACUUAUGACACUUGAUGGAAAUCAAAUUACCUCCUUGCCUGAUGAAAUGGGACAGCUUGUGAGGCUUGAGCGGUUAUCCAUCUCUGGAAAUUUGUUAACAUGCUUGCCUGAGACUAUUGGGAGCUUGCGCAAUUUAUUGCUUUUAAAUGUAUCAAAUAACAAGUUGAAGUCUCUUCCGGAAUCAAUUGGGAGUUGUUUCUCUCUUGAAGAAUUACAAGCAAAUGAUAAUCUCAUCGAAGAUCUACCUGCAUCAAUCUGCAAUCUCAUUCACUUAAAAUCACUUUGCUUGGACAAUAAUAACGUGAAACAGAUACCUCUGAAUCUACUGAAAGACUGCAAAGUUCUGCAGAAUAUCUCCCUGCAUGGCAAUCCUAUUUCAAUGGAUCAAUUUCAGCAGAUGGAAGGAUUUCAAGAUUUUGAAGCAAGAAGAAAGAAGAAGUUUGACAAGCAAAUUGAUUCAAAUGUGAUGAUUGGGUCAAAAGGCCUCGAUGAGGGUGUUGAUCUAUGAAUGUCUUACAUCAGUGCUCCCUAAAAGAGUUGGCAUGGCUGCAAACUUGAGGGAUUUUGUGCUAACUAAAGUAUGUUCACACUCAUCAAGUCCAAUAUGCCACUCAAAAUGCUUAUUACCAACACGAACGUUGGGAGGAAUACAAAGGCCUUAGUUGCUGGUGUUUCAGAGAGGACCAUAAGGCACCCAGAUGCCAUGAGUUUGGUGUUUAAUGCAGUUGAUUCUAUCAGC